AAAAUUGUUCAGUCUCAAAAUGAAGUCAGGUUAAAUGGACUGAUCUUCAUUGAUCUUUAAUUAAGUAGACCUACUUGUGGAAGCUCUUGACGGAAGAGGCUGAGUGGGCGGAGUUACGCGGCACAGCCAGCGCAUUGGCGCACUGUUUCUAUAGAAGUGGAGAAAGUGUUGAUGCAGGCAUGACUUAUUCUGACACAUUGCAUGUUGAUUGGGCCAGAAGGAGUUUCACCACAAUUAAAGCAAAGUAAAAGUGGAGGACAGCGCCAAUCUUUCCAGUGAAAGCCAGGGUUUGCGUCAUUUUCCCCCCCAAAACAAACAAACAAAAACCAAAAAAAAAAACAAAAAACAACUGGGACAUCUAGCCCACGCAACGUCUACAAUUUUGGAGCAUUUUUUGCGGAACUACGUAUUUCUGACCCGAAGGUUAUAUAAAUGGUUAUGUAAAUGGCGAGCGACAACUCUUCGUUCUCAAUACAUAAUAUUUUGAAUCGAGGACUUGAUUCUCAGAAAAAUAAUCGACACUCCCGGGAAUACAGCGACGAACUUCUAAAGGCAGAACUUCUCGGCAGGGUAGAAGGAAUAAGCUGUCCCGGAUCCACUCAGUGUCGGGGUGGGAAUGAGGAUGGAGGCAGAAAGGGAAGCAUCUUGUACGGACACAGCAGGGUCGCUCCGUGUGCGCUCGACCUUGACACAUCAUCGGACAGACAGUCCUGUGGAGAAGAGUCUACAGGAGAGGAGACAAUGCAUACAGAAAACAGACAAAUUCCAGAUUUGGAGAGAGAGAAGAGGGAGAGCUGUGCUUUUACCGAUCAUCACCCGAAAGCCAGUAAGAAGCGGUGCCGCGCCGCUUUCUCGCACGCGCAGGUGUGUGAGCUGGAACGCCGUUUUAACCUACAGCGCUAUCUGUCCGGCCCGGAGCGCGCGCACUUAGCGGGAGCGCUCAAACUCACCGAGACUCAGGUGAAGAUCUGGUUCCAGAACCGCAGAUAUAAAACGAAACGGCGACAGAUGGCGGCCGAGCUCGCAGCUACCUCGGCGUCCACGCUGGCCAAGCGGGUGGCGGUGAGAGUGCUAGUGAAGGACGACCAGAGGCAGUACGGAGCGGAUGACUUUCCCCCGUCUCACUAUCUGCGCCUGUACCAGUCAUACCAGUGCUGCCCUUACAUGUACUGUGUUCAGCCCUGGAUCUCAAACAGCGCGCUCAGUGGAAACUUGUACUGACACCUUCCUCUGCUUCACACUCACAAAAAACCAGACGGGUUUUUUUUUAUUCUAAAUGUCUUUAGGACACGGAAGAGCGCAUACACCGUUCAUUUUGUAAGCUAAAUGGUUGAUGAGACUCCAAAGAUGAACGUACAGUUUUUGAUUUUUGUUCUGAGAAAUGAAAAGCAAAUUAUUAUGUAUUUGAGAUGCAAUUAAGCGCCUAUUUUCUUAGUUUGUGACAGCUAAAACAUGGAUAAAAAUCGAAUUUUGUAUGCCUUUUGUGAUUUGUCAUCCUUGUUAAUUAAUGUACACUAAUAAUCAUAUAAAACGUUUACUCUGCAGACUGUACCUCGAGACUGAAUUAACUGGGCCUUCGAUCCAAGUUGGUUAAAAGUCCAAGUUUGACAUAGUAAACUAAUAAAUAAACUUAUAUCACACUGAAA